AUCUUGACACUUGCCUUGCUGGAAAACUGCUGUCUUUCUGUCCCAGUGCAUGAGUUUUGAGAGCUCAUCAUGGAAGAGGCGCCUCCAUCCCUGCGAUGCUUUCAGGAAUCGCACUCCUCUGAGCUUUUCAAUGAUGACGGCUUGCAAACGGUGACCUCGAGAGAGCAGAGAAAGGUUGAACGCAGUAUUCAAGAAGUAUACAGUGUUUACCAGCAAAUUCACACCUCACCGCAACCUGCUUUACUGAGGGAGCAACACUAUCAUUAUUUGAAGAAAGGUUUACGCCAUCUCUCUGAUGCAUAUGAGUGUUUGGAUGCCAGCCGGCCUUGGCUCUGCUAUUGGAUCCUGCACAGUCUGGAGCUGCUCGAGGAGCCUGUGCCGGCAGCAGUUGCGUCAGACGUAUGCCAGUUCUUGGCCAGAUGUCAGGCCCCGACAGGUGGUUUUGGUGGAGGCCCGGGUCAACAGGCUCAUCUGGCUCCCACCUAUGCAGCUGUCAACGCGCUCUGCAUCCUGGGCACGGAGGAGGCCUACAAUGUCAUCAACAGAGAGACGCUCCUGGACUUCCUGUAUUCAGUGAAGCAGCCAGAUGGCUCUUUUGUGAUGCAUAUCGGUGGAGAGGUGGACGUCAGGAGUGCAUAUUGUGCGGCUUCUGUGGCUUCACUCACAAAUAUCAUCGCUCCCACCCUGUUUGAUGGGACGCACAAUUGGAUUAUCAGCUGUCAGAACUGGGAGGGUGGUUUAGGUGGAGUACCGGGACUUGAAGCACACGGUGGAUACACAUUCUGUGGCACCGCUGCCCUCGUCAUACUAGGCAAAGAACAUAUGCUGGAUCUUAAAGCCUUGUUACGCUGGGUAACUAGCAGACAAAUGCGUUUUGAAGGCGGAUUUCAAGGCCGCUGUAACAAGCUGGUGGAUGGGUGUUACUCCUUCUGGCAAGCAGGGCUAUUACCAUUACUCCACAGGGCUCUUUUUAAAGAAGGAGACUCAACGCUGAGUGUGAGUAGCUGGAUGUUUGAGAGAAAAGCCCUGCAGGAAUACAUCCUCCUCUGCUGCCAGAAUCCUGGUGGAGGCCUUCUGGACAAACCGGGCAAGUCUAGAGAUUUCUACCACACAAGCUACUGUCUGAGCGGACUCUCUGUAGCACAGCAUUUCGGAAACAAAGACCUUCACAAUGAGUUGAUCCUUGGUCGAGAUGAGAACAAACUGGCACCAACUCAUCCGGUUUACAACAUCUGCCCAGAGAAGGUUGCCCGUGCCGUUGAGUAUUUCCACCGGUUACCCGUCCCAAUUCCGACAGGAGCUACCGCAAGUGCGAUGGACCAGUCAUAGACUAUCUAUUUUUCAACUGUAAACAUAUUGGGGGAUUUGGGCUAGCUUGAACUGUGCAGAGGAAUCUUCUGUAAAUGCUGUAGCCAAAUGUCCUUUGCUGGUGUGUACAGCGUCUACAGAUGGAGAAACACUCUGAGGCCUGAUCUGCUGCUGCUUCAGCAUGAGGUUAUGGGUUUUAGCCAGGAUAAACAGUAGAGACUGACUAGGUAAGGUGUUUUUUCAUGCACCAGUCAUUGAUUGAUAUUUUAUUGCACAUGCCAGCUUAUUUUGGGCAAAAUGUUCCCAGAGUGUACGUGGCAGUGGGUUCUGGACAGAAAUAAAGACUUGGAUG